UUUUUCAUAAGAGCAAAAAACAUGUGUUAAUGCUUCAGUUUUUUUUGAGAUAUUAUCCACAAGAUUCUACUCGAUAUCAUGGGGGAAAGGAAUACGCCCCACAGUAAUCACUUUAUGACUUUGGGAGCAGAUCAGCGGAGUCAAGCGUAUAUUUAUCCAGAGCCUUGUAUGACGUAUGGGAGCUUUACAGCUUUUCCGCAUCCAAACGUUAACACCACUGUGCCAGCUCCAGGAAGCCUUGGUAAUUUCUAUGCGCCCCAUCUACCAUGCCAUCAAGAGGGUGCUCUAAUUUAUGGGAUGCCACCGGCCAAUGGGAUUCAACAGUGGCAUCAUCUCACCAAUGCUGGCGCAGCGUUUGCACCGCCAUCAAAUUACUUUUACCCUUAUGUGGCAGCUCCAGCUGCAUUGAGGACUUCUCCAGUUCCAGCAAAUCAUGGGUUACGUGAUAGGCUUUCAGUCUCAAGCACUCAGGGAAGCAUCGGAAAUAAUGCAGAUAACUUAGGUAGGAACGAUCCUCGUAUGGACAGUACCAGAGGGUCAUCUAAGCAAAAGAAUGUUGCAGGCAACUCUGGAAAUCUUCAGCAUCAUUCUGCUCUGGCAGGGCCUAGUACUUCCGCUGCUCCCGUCAUCACAACAGCAAAUGAAUCUGAUGUUUCUUCGAAUGAUUCUGUAUCACGCGAGCAUGGAGGGAGUGACUCAGCACCACUCCUUGAAAAUGGUACUACAUCUGCAACUAUGGAUUUGCCAGUUCCAGCAAAUCAUGGGUUACGUGAUGGGCUUCCAGUCUCAGGCACUAUAGAUGAUUCUGUGUCACGCGAGCAUGGAGGGAAUGACUCAGCACCACUCCUCGAAAAUGGUGCUGCAUCUGCUACUAUGGAUUCACCAGUUCUAGCAAAUCAUGGGUUACGUGAUGGGCUUCCAGUCUCAGGCACUACAGAUGAUUCUGUGCCACGCAAGCAUGGAGGGAGUGACUCAGCACCACUACUUGAAAAUGGUGCUGCAUCUGCAACUAUGGAUUCGCCAGUUCUAGCAAAUCAUGGGUUACGUGAUGGGCUUCCAGUCUCAGGCACUACAGAUGAUUCUGUAUCACGCGAGCAUGGAGGGAGUGGCUCAGCACCACUCCUUGAAAAUGGAGUACAGAGAAGUUGGAGCAGAUUUGCUAGUGGUCUAGAUACUGUAUUGCAAAAUAACAAUAAUCAUCUGCUUCAAGGAAACUAUGCAGGCCAAGCCUAUCAGUUUCCUGGCAAUCCUUGGCUGAACAUGCCUUUCAAUAGUAGUGGUAGUGCAGCUCAAUCUUGGGCCUGGAGUCAGGCUGCUCCUUUAACCUAUCCUCCCGUUGGUGCCGGAGGCUAUGUAAUAGGUGCUGGAAACAUGGCUAUGCGAGGUUAUCAAGUACCUUCCAGCAACGGGGGUUUGACUGGUUUCAUGUAUCCACCCAUUCCUCAAGGACCACCGCAGUACCAUCCUCAUCUGUCACCUAAUAUGCAAACUAUGGCAGGCCACACAAUGAGCUCCUAUCCUCAGAUGACAGCAUCUCCAGGCAGACAACUACAACUUAGUUCGUCCAAUAUGGGACCCUUGCUUCCGUCUGGCUUUAGAAUGUACAGACCUCAUCAAAGGGAAUUCAUGAUGCGUGGAACAAAUGGUAGCCACCACAACCUCCGUAAUGGAGUGUCAAUGCUGGGUGUUCCAAGAUUUCGUGGAGUGCAUGUUGUUGAUCAGCACAGAGAAAUGCGAUUGGACGUGGAUCGCAUGACGUAUGAGGAGCUUCUUGCAUUGGGGGAGCGAAUUGGCAAUGUGUCAAUUGGUUUGUCCGAGGAUAUCAUCGUUGCCAAUUUGAAAACGAGAAUAUUUUUGUCUACCGAGACUCGUAGCCCUCUGGAAAAUGUUGCAUCUGAUCAAGACCAGAAAACUGUCUGUGUAAUAUGCCAGGCUGACUUCAAGGAUGGGGAGAUGAUCGGCAUUCUCAAUUGUGGCCAUGAGUACCACGAGGAAUGCGUGAAGAAAUGGCUGGGUGUGAAGAACAGCUGCGCGAUCUGCAAAUCUGCAGCCUUGUCUACUGAGAAGAAGGACAAGGAAGUGGUGACUACAGGAGGCGGCUAA